AUGGGAGCUGACCAUAUCGUGUCAAAUAUGGCCAUGGACCCUGGUGUGGUCUACAAUGCGGCUCCACGGGACUACGUGUCUCUGUUGUGUUCGAUGAACUUUACGAGGAAUCAGAUUAUGACCAUCAUGAGAUCGAAUGACGACGAUUGUGCAAACUACUCGUCGCUCGAUCUGAACUACCCAUCGUUUGUGGCGUUCUAUGAUAGGAAUAUAACUACUAGAGUGAUGUUGACGCACUGUUUUCGGAGAGUGGUGAUGAAUAGUUUGGUGUUUGGGAAGAAGUACGAGUGGCGAGAUUACUUCGUGGAGAUAACGUACGCGAGUAAUAGUGAAGGGAUGGUUUCGUACGGUUCGAUUGUUUGGAUCGAGGAAAAUGGAAAGCAUAUUUUGAGGAGUCCGAUUGUUGUUGCGCCAACUUCUGCUGGCCAGUAA